AUGUCGCUUGAAGAGUUCAUCUCUGAUGAUUCUUACGGUGGUUCUUGGGCCGAUGAUGAGAUUGACAUCGCCUCAAUUUCUGUACCCAUCGAGAAGAAUAAAUCACUAGGUGGCUCCGAAUCGGGAAUUUUUGGCCCUGGUGGCUACGGACGGUCGAGAAACUUCCUGGUUGAUCAAGGACCUCCGUAUAUCGUGAAACUCCUACACCUUCCUGUGUCGUGUGAUGAUAUAUUCGUGAAAGACCUCUUCAGCUCCCGAUUUAUGCUGUUUAUCAAAUUCAAGAUCGUUUACGAUCCAGUGUCAAACCCGUUGGAAACGGGUAUAGUCAAGAAAAGUGCAUUUGUUGAGCUAAAAUCGUUCAGUGAUCAGAACAGAGUGGUAAACUGGCAGGACUUGUACUACAAAGGUAACCGCCGAGUGAUCAUUGAACCCGCAGACUACGCCGAUUUUCAAGGCUGUAUGAAGUUUAAUCAGGAGCAUGACUCAGAACUACGUCGUAUUGAGCGUGAAUUUCUUUCCAACAAAACCAGGGGUAGCUUCGAGGGACGCCGUUCCUCUCAUACUGGCCAUAUCCCAGGCCUUGGAGUUCUCGGCGAGCUUGAGGCAAUGCAUCUGUCAGGACGUGAUAAUCUGCGAAUGGGUGGACCAGGACGCAGAUCAUCGUUCGGCUCCGGAGGCCACAAUGGCCCACCUCAACCCAAACCACUCACUCGUUUCACCUCUUCACACACAGCAACACCUCAAAUUAUAGACCCUGGUCAUGAAACGCCAGCCUUGGGUCCAUCGAAACCCAAACCUAAUCCAUUCGGCAAUGCCAAGCCUGUGGAUAUAUUGGCAAAGGAGCAUGAGAUGGAUAAAAAAAUUGUGUCAAUUGACCCAAAUACUGUCACGGCACUCAGUUCAGACUCCGAAGACAUGCUGAAGAAAAAGGGGAACAAUGAUACAAACGGUAGAACGCGUGCACCUCCGAAGAGUGUCGAGCCCGCAAAAUCGGAAACUAAUGCAUUGUCUCCGGCUCCAAUUCCAUCUUCAAUCUACGGUCAGAAGAAGAGUUUGGCGGACAUCCUCAGCACCAAGUCCGAGUCUGAGGAUACGAGGGCUCCUAAUGCGAAGGGAAGAAAGUCUGCCAAUGGGACUCCGAAACCCCAAGGAAAGCCAGUGAUUUUGAAGAAAAAGCAUUCCACUGUUUCAUCUCCUGAGCAUCAAAAGGAGCUCGAAAGACUAAGUAGUCCCGAUGUCUUACACCUCGAAUCGAAGAGUGCUCCUGAAGUAUCCACGAAGAGUGAAGUUCUUGUUGUUGACCUGGAUGACGGCUCAAAACUGGAGCCUACUCAAUGCAAAUAA